GAACACUCCUAUUAUUCCCUUUUAAAAAUGUAAUCUAUCUAUCUACUACUAAUAGACAAAAAAUGAUGAUAUCAUGAUUUCAAUCUUUUUGAUCUACACAUUUGAUUCCAAAAUAAUAUCUUUGUCUUGAGCUAAGUAGUCAGUCACGAAUUCAAUUCUACCGGCGGAGCAAGACAAUGGCUGCAAAGCAUAACCACAACUCAAUUUCAAUUUAGUCACACACUCCAUUUUCUCAUCUCACCAAACCCACAAAAACAAUUCCUUUUUUUUCUCUUCUUUCUUUGGUAAGUAAUUAAUUUCAUUCCCAAACAAUUUGCUUUUCUCAAAAUUCUUUCUUGCUUACUAGAUCAUAGUCAUCACGUUGUUGUAUUUUUUUUUCUUUAAUGAUUAAUGAUUUUAAUUGAUCUGGGUUAUUUGAAUUAAUUUAUUAGGGUUAUUUUUUUUUUCUUUCAAUUUUAUUGUUUCAAUAAGUUCAAUACCAACAUGAUGAUGAAACCAAAGUUUGAUUCUGAAAAUAAAGAUAAUGCUUAUGAUGUUGGUGAAAUUGAAACUGAAACUGAUUGGAAAAAUGGUCAACAAGAAUUACUUCAUGAUAUUCAAGAAUUAAGCAAUGCACUUUACUUGCAAAAUACCCCUUUUAAGCCUUCCACACUUUCCUCACUCCAUAAUAGAUCUAAGUCUGCUGAAAAAACCCGUUUGUCGAAAUCUCAACUUAACUCAACGCCGAGAUUUGUAAGUGAGGAUCUGUUGAUAAGGGACAAGAAGUUGUUGUCUUUAGGAUGGAAUUGGAAGAAGCCCUUGAAAGCUUUGACUCAUAUCGGUUCUCGAAAGUUUGAUUGUCGCUUUAAGCUUCAUGUCCAUUCAAUUGAGGGACUACCUUUGAGUUUUGACGGCGUUAGAUUAUCUGUGCAUUGGAAAAGGAAAAACAGCAUUUUGCAGACGUGUCCGUCAAGGGUAUUGCAGGGUUCUGCAGAGUUCGAUGAAACUUUGAUACAUAGAUGUACUGUUUAUGGUAGCCGCACUGCGUCUGGUCAUGCUGUCAAGUAUGAUUCCAAGUGUUUCUUGAUUUAUGCGUCUAUUGUAGGGGAACCUGGAUAUGACAUUGGGAAAUAUCAAGUUGAUCUCACAAGGCUUUUGCCUCUGAGUUUAGAUGAGUUAUGGGGUGAUAAAAGUUCGGGGAAAUGGAGUACAAGUUUUAGUUUGGUUGGAAAAGCUUUAGGAGCUAGAAUAAAUGUUAGUUUCAGUUAUCAAGUUAUGAAGGAUGAAUUAAUGAGAUUUGGUGGUUGUAAUGGGAAUGUUGUUAGGCUUAUUAACUUGAAGACGGGUCCAAGCAGCCUCGACAAUGUUGUUGGUUACAGUCCCAACAAUAGAGACAUAAAGGUUCGGCAGAGUCAAAAUGACAUGGUGUUAUCGAAUGAAGCAGUGAUGAAUUCUGGCUCAGGCUUUUCUAAAUCAAUCACUUUCCUAUAUCAAAAGCUUGAUGAGGGGAACUUAGAUAAUUCAACAUGGGCAGACUCAGAGUCAUCUCAAGGAUCAAAUCUAUAUGUGUCUGAUGACACUGAAUUUUCCAUCAGUGAACAAGGAGUAGAAAUAUCAGAAGAGGAUUCGUUCGAAUUUGAUCAAACAGGAAUUCAAGUAGUUGAUAUGUCUACAGUUGAAAUCAUUAAUGUGGAUGAGAUUAUUAAGGAUGCUGACACGUUUGUUGACAAGAACGCAAGAUGUGAUUCACUGGAUACUGUAUACUCUAGGAAUGUAAAUGUUGAUAUGGCAGAUAACAUCAAGCAUAGAUUCAGUUUUUCAUCCAUCAAUCUACCGUGCACGAAGGUUGAGGAUUCAGUUCCUGAGACAUCAGAGCUUCUUGACCAAGAAGAACACUACUUGAGAGUUGAAUCAAAUUAUAAAGCACAUAAAAAGUCACAUAGCUUGGAUGACAUCAUUGACUCUGUCACGAGUGAUUUCUUAAAGACACUGGCAUUGGAGAGUGAUUCGUUUCGCUCAAGCUCUGAUGCUGAUCCCUUGUCUCCUAGAGAGCAUCUUUUAAGACAGUUUGAAAGUGAGGCUCUAGCUUCAGAUAACUUCGCUUUUGAUUUUGAUGCAAUCGAGGAGGAAUUGGGGGAAGAUACACUUGGACACAACUGUGGGAAUUAUGCCGUGGAUUCUGAUUUAUCUUUACUUAUUGGUGCGGCCGAAGAGGAGUAUGAAAGGGAAAAUCAAUCAUUAAUACAGAGAAGGAAGGCCAAGAUUAUUGAAGAUCUGGAAACUGAUACAUUAAUGCAACAAUGGGGUUUAGAUGAGAGGGACUUUCAAAAUUCUCCAAGAACAUGGGCUGGUGGAUUUGGAAGUCCAAUUGAACUAUCCGACGAAGAACCAUCCAUAUUACCAUCAAUUGGUGAAGGGCUUGGUUCGUUUGUUCAAACAACAAAUGGUGGCUUUUUGAGGUCCAUGUGUCCUUCCCUCUUCAAAAAUGCUAAGAAUCGUGGGAACCUCAUCAUUCAAGCAUCUAAUCCGGUUGUUCUACCAGCGAAAAUGGGUAACGAUAUAUUGGAUAUACUUCUGCACAUGGCAUCUGCUAGAGCUCAAGAGCUACAUGAUCACAUCUCUAAAUUAAUGCCUUUGCAAGAUAUCACUGGAAAAUCCAUUAAGCAUAUUGUGUCGGAUGCUGACACCAACACAGAAGCUCCCGGAAGGAAGGGAUCAUGGCAGCACGAUUUCUUUGAAGAAUUUCAAAGUAGUUAUUUAACAGAUAAAGACCAAUGCUUGGACUCUGUGUCUCUAGAAGCUAUAGCUCCUAUGAGUGUUAAUAAGAUUGAAGCCCUUUUAAUAGAAGGGUUGAGAAUUCAAUCUGGCAUCUCAAAUGAGGAGGCACCAUCAAACAUUCAUGGAGAGAUCAACAAUGAUCUUGAUGGUUUGAUGGGUCUGUCUGUAACAUUGGAUCAAUGGUCGAGACUUGAUUCUGGCAUCAUUCAAGGAAAACAUAGUUUGGGACAAAUUUUGAAGACCCUUAAAGCACACAAUUAUAAAGUCACUGAAUUAGAUAAUGAAGGGUUGAAAAGUGCCGCAGAUAAUGCGGAAAUAGAUGACAACAAUCGCACAUAUUUGGGAAAUCACGUAACAGUUGCUUUUAUGAUCCAGCACAGAGAUCCUCUAAGAAAUUAUGAAGCAGUUGGAGUUCCAAUGCUGGUUUUAACUCAGGUAGAAAGAGUUGACAGCGAUUUUGUUGAGAAUGCAGAUAUAGAUAAAGAAACCCUUCAAUCUAGAUUCAAAAUCAAGGAGAUUCAUCUUGCAGGUGUCCUUAACAAAGGUGGAAACCGGCAAGUUUGGGGCACUGCGUCUCAGCAACAAUCUGGGUUGCGUUGGUUGCUUGCGAGUGGCAUGUGUAGUAGUACUGUCAAACAUUCGUCUUCAAAAUCAAAGUCGAUUAUUGUUAGACCAUCUUCGCUGUUUACCAACAAGUCGAUGAAUCAGGAUAUCUUGUGGAGCAUUUCUUGUGUUAAAGAUAACAUGGAUAUUAAUGCACAUAUUAGGAAUGUUGAUAUCAUCUUCCCAAAGUGAACAAUGUCAGAUAAUUUUUCACUUGCUAUUUUAGCCAAUUUCCGAAGUUUAAUUUAUCCAUGUAAAAUUGUAAAUAGUUGAGUCAGCUAGCACAGAUAUCUUAACAUGUAUUGAAUUUUCUGGUGUUUUGGAUAUAACCCUUUCUUUUUGUGAAUCACCCUUCUUGAUUCUUCUGUAGAUGUGUACUCAACCUCAAAUUAAAGUAAUAAAGUAAAAUUAUCAAGUAA